GGCGCACGGGGCUGGCGGUCUCGGCGCUCGGCGGCCGCGCAGUCGCAUCCAGGCCGGCUUUGCGGUGCUUUGCCGUUGCCGGGGCCGGGCCGCAGGCGUUCACCGUGCUCACUUAAUCAUGAAGGAUGACGGACGCUGCCGUGAUUAAAACUUUCCGGGUGCUGGCCCGGCACGGUUACGCAGCAGAAAUAUCUCCCUAUUUCCCCUCCAGAGUUGCCUGCGCUACCUCCCAGUACUACGGAAUCGCAGGAUGUGGGACAUUAGUGGUGCUGGAACAAACAGAGACUGGAAUUAACCUUUUCAGGAGUUUUGACUGGAACGAUAGCCUUUUUGAUGUUACAUGGAGUGAGAACAAUGAACACAUCCUGGUCACUGGUAGUGGUGAUGGAUCUCUACAGAUCUGGGAUACAGCAGGCCCUGCUGGACCCCUCAAAGUCUUCAAGGAGCAUACACAAGAGGUCUACUGUGUGGAUUGGAGCCAAACACGAGAAGAAAAUCUUGUAGUAUCUGGAUCAUGGGAUCAGACCAUAAAAGUGUGGGAUCCACUGGUAAAAGAUUCAGUUUCUACAUUCCGGGGACAUGAAAGUGUCAUUUACAGCACAAUCUGGUCACCACAUAUCCCAGGUUGUUUUGCUUCAGCCUCAGGUGAUCAUACUCUAAGAAUCUGGGAUAUUAAGACAGGAAGAGUGAGUAUAAUAAUUCCUGCACAUCAAGCAGAGAUCUUGACCUGUGAUUGGAAUAAAUAUGAUCAGAACUUGCUUGUUACUGGAGCAGUUGACUGCACUUUACGAUGUUGGGAUCUAAGAAAUAUCCGGCAGCCAGUUCAUCAGCUUGCCGGCCAUUCCUAUGCUAUACGAAGAGUCAAAUUUUCUCCCUUUCAUGCAAGCAUAUUAGCUUCAUGUUCAUACGAUUUCUGUGUUAGGUUUUGGGAUAUUUCCAAGCCUGACUCAGUGCUUGAAACACUGGAGCACCACACAGAAUUUGUAUGUGGGCUUGAUUUCAGCGUACAUAUCCCUGGUCAGGUUGUUGAUUGUGCCUGGGAUGAGACUGUGAAGAUCUAUAUUCCAUCUUGCCUUACAGUUAGUCAUUAAAUUUGUCAUCACUGUACAAUUUAGUACAUAAUGUUCCACUUCACAAAACUAUAUUUCUGUAUAAGACUGUAUUCUUUAUACUCAGCUCAUAAUGAGCAUUAGCUGUUAUGUUGAGAAAAUUUAUAAAGCUCUGCAGCAGUUUUAUACAUAGGUGUGUAUAUAUGUAUACACACAUAUAUAUGUACACAUGUGUGUGUGUAUAUAUACACACACACACACAGAGCGCUAAAUGUAUAGUUAAAUAUGUCUGCCGUGGAUUGAUAUGCACUUAAAGGGACUGUAAACUUCCAUUUGUCCACAUUGCAGAAUGCUUGGGAAGGCAGUGGAUAAAAAAUACAACACUGGCAGUUUAUUUAUUUCUUGUGUUAAUUCAUGAGUAACCAGCUGCUGCAAAGGCUUUGAAACUAUAUACAAAUUUGACUUUGUAUAUUUCAUACUAAGUUAAUACAUUUUGCACUAAUUCAUUGUUCAACUAAGAGUAAAUACCUGUCUUGGUUCUAUGGUACUUCAUCCAGACUGUUAAGAUUAGACACUGCCUUAAAGUUAGUGUAACCAGGUCUUAAUAGGUGGAGGGAAGUGUUGCUGCAAGAUGAACUUCAGUCGACAUUGGCUUGGAAGAAUUAUCAUGAAUAUGUUUUCAUUGUAAUUGAAGAAAGAACAAAUUUGAACUUUGCAGCAAGAGCUUUUCAUUGUUCAGAAAUUUUAAUUAUUUUUCUGUCUUGAUACUGUUACGGAUAAUGUCAUUGUUAACAUUGACAUGAAGUAUAUAUUUAUGUCAAUAACAUUCAAAGUAACUCACAUAUUCAGACUAA